AAAGAAAGUAAGAAAGAAAGAAAGAAAGAGAGAAAGAAAGAAAGAAAGAAAGAAAGAAAGAAAGAGAAACGAACAUAAUUCUAUGUCAUUGGAUUACAUUCGAUGUACAUCAUGAUUGUAUUGCUUAUUGCACACUUUGUUGCGUUCGAGCUUUGCACAUUUCAGUUGAUGGAUAAUGGCAUCGCGGAAUUCAUAUGCUUUUUGACUGCAUAAAUAGAUCUUCCCGUAAGUCGUUUUCUUUGUUCAGCGCAGUACCCGGGGGGCCACUUCCAUUCACGAGUGGAUACCAUGCGCGACCAUGCGCCAAUAUGUUUGUGUAAUGUCGCCAUCUGCGACGGAUUGUUGUUAAAUCGCCUCUUGUUCGGCCGGCGCUGUUCUGUGAGGUAAAGCUCAAUGAAGUUGGCUUAAUAAACUGUAUUAUUACUGUAACUGGUUACUCAUCCUUUGUUUAAUUUAUUGUCGUGGUGACAGCUGGGAUUCGGACCUUUGCCUACCCCACACAACGAUGAGUUUCAUGCAAUCCUUGCAGCCAGUUGGUCGACAAAUCCUUUGUCGUGAUAGGUAUAAUAAGUUUGCCCACAGCAAGUCACAGUGGCGUAACUAGUCCCACGUAUAGCCGUUCAUGGCUGCUUCCCCAUUGUUGAGAAUCAGUUCCCAUCCUCGCCCUCAGGCCCGAGAGAGAGGCCACCUUAGACUAACUACAGAAAAGACAUGUUCGUCGUUUUCAGAAUCACAUGCUACUUGUUCAACUUAAACUUUUAAUUCACAUACUAGUAAUCAUUUGAAAUUGAAUCACAGUUUGACUGGAAUGUUUAGGAUAUAUGAAUCAACCAGUGCCAGUCCAGAUUGUAGUUAUGAGGAUGAAAAUUUUGAUGAAUAUAGUUGUGAUAAUGAUGACUGUGAGCUGUUAGAUAUUGAUUGUAAUUAUAAUGAAGAUGCUUACCAAGGUCAUGUUUUUAGAAGGAAUCAAAAUGAUGAAUCAGCCAGUGCUGGUGUUUAUUGGAAUCAUGAAGAUGGUUGUGAUUUUGACCAAUGUGAAUAUAUGGGAAAGGAUAUGCCUCACAAAAUACAUGUAUGUCCCCAGAGUCAGAUCCCUAGUAGAAUCUUACAUAGAUACAGUAGGCCCAUCUUACGAGUAGGUAAAGAACAUAUGCAACAUGACAAUACAAGUCUUAGACAUGGUAAAUUUGAGGGUUAUGUUUCAGAAGACGAGUAUGAGUGUUGUAAUAAUGCAUCAAAAGUUCAUCCAAAGAAAGAUGCAGAGCUAGAUUCAUUUGAUCAGUCUCACGACAGGCCUAUUCAGGUAUUACACGCUACCAUAUUAUCACCUGACCAUAAGCAUAGAUCUAUUGUUAGUCCCACUGUUUAUAGUAGACAGUCUGAACCCCCUUCAUUCCAACAUAAGAGUUUAGAUUGUAAGUGCCCACUAUGUCUUGAGGCUUGUCGCAGUAGUUACCACCAUAUAGGCGAUUGCCCCUUCCUUCCCAUACAUGAGAAACGCAUUAUAUCCCAAGCUCGAAAUGCCGCUAACAUUCUUGGCUAUUCUAGUGAUUUCCGGAGUUGCAGUGAUUCUUGUGAUGAUUUUGUCUAUCAUGACCUUGGUCAUGAUAUGGUUCCCAGCCGUAUUCCUGCAGAGUGUGUUGACCAUGCGUCAAGUGCUGUGGAUCGCUCCUCCGAAGAUCCUCGUGUGAGUUUUGGUUGUUUUGAUGACUCAGAGUCAGAGUCAGUUAUUUAUGAAGAUACUCUCUGUCAUGAAAGCUCAUCAGAGUCAGAUGAGACCCAAGACAAUACACCACAUUGUGCUGUGGCUAGUGAAUCUGUUGUGCCUAAUCAGGCCCUAACUCCUUAUGUAGAUCUUUUCCAUGGUGACCACUGUGUCCAUGUUGAUCUUGACAGUGGGUCUGCAGAGAAUUUGAUCAGUCAUUCAUUGGUUAAGUGUCUUAGAGGUGACAUUAUUGCCACUUCCCACUCUGCUUACCCAACCGCCCAUUCACCGUCACCUUUUGUCAUUGUAGGCGAGACUUGUCUCACAUUUUCUCGAGAUGGCAGGGACUUCCUUUUUAAAGGGUUUGUUGUUGAGUCUUCGAGCCUCGGUGUGCGAGCUGGUAUUCCAUUCAUGGAAUUGUACGAUGUGUUCGUUCGUCCCGCUAGGCGCGUCGUCACGUUUAGUGAGGGACCAUCGUACGUAUACGGUCCUUCGCUUCAGAUUAGUACUAUCAUUGUCAACGCGCCUGCUGCAUGUUCGCCUGCCUCGCCUUCGGGUAUCGUUGAACAGCAGCCUCACCCUGCUACGUCUCCAGAGCAUGCCAUGUUCAGUGAUGGACCAUCGUCCGCACUUGGUCCUUCGGUUCGCUCUAACCCUACAACCGUUAACACGCCUGCUGCGUGCUCACCUGCUUCGUCUUACUAUGUCUUCAAACAGGAAUCUUACACCCCGGCAUCCCCAGACUUAGGUACACCGGGCCAUCCUUUGACAAUCUUGAGCCUGCGAUCUGCGGUCGAAUGCCCUGGCGACGACACCACACUUGCUACAUGCUCGGAGUUGUAUCCCUUGGACAAUGAGGUGCUUGAGUCUCAACAAACCCAGUUUCUCAGUCUAGAGAGACAUCCUGUCGGCCACGUUGAGGACAGCCAUCAAUCGCUUCAGUCUCAGUCACAUGAGUCCUUGCAUAGGCCACCCGUGUUUGAGAACACCAAGUGCUCUUGUGAUGCUCUCCCAGUUGCACCUCCCAUGGCUGAUGCUGACUGUACCAGUCCCAACAGCUCCACUGAGGAUAUCCUGUUUUAUGAUGUGGUUCACCACCCUUACACCCUGGAGAUUGAAGACCCCCCUGGUCGACCCCCGGAAUCAUCUCUCGGGACUCUUACCAGUCAUCAGAGCUUGUCACAUGAUUCCCCUUCGAGGUUGACUGUUUCUUCGCAUUUGCAGAGUCACCUCUUCCAUCCUAGUGGUGAUCGCACUGGACUGCCUCCAGGUCGUCCCCCAGACCGAACUCACUGUAUCAUCUCUCCUAACAGGAUGAAAUGCUCACUUGAUGACGUCACUUCACUAGCAGAUAAAGAUUGUGUGACUAAAUUGAGAAAAAGGACUCAUUUCUAGUAUUUCAUUGUUCAUAUGUACUAUUGAACUUUCCUAUAGCAGAUACAGACUGUUUUACUAAGCUGAGAAAAAAGGACCAUCAUGUGCACUAUUGUGACAAGUGAUCUGCCUAGUGUGGAAUGCAUGCACCUUCGUGUACAGCUUCUGUGUGACCAUAUUGGACUUCACUGAUUUUUCAAUAAUCUUUUUAAAAUAUAUUAUGCUCUGUUUUGCGAUGUCUUUUUGACUUUUCCCUCCACUUUCUACUUUACCAUCAUUUUUCCUUUCGUUUUCAAUGUUUCAUACAUGGUUUUUAUGCUGAUAUAUGACUUAUUGCUUUGUAUGUCAGAUAUUUUGUAGUAAUAUAUAUAUAUGUAUUUACCUUUUUACAGCUAUUUAAAGUAGUUGAUAUUUUGUAUUUAACAGUAUUUUGUGUAUACAUGACUUUAUUAUUGAGUAUUUCUAAAUGUCGAUCCAUGUAAUUGUUUUGGUUAUUGAUUUUCACUGGUAUCUAUUGCAGGUUUCCGAAGUCUGUGCACUCCUUUAUCAGUCUAUGUUUCAUACAUAGCUUUUUGGUUAGCCUGUUUGCUAAUGGUGUGUUUGCAGAUCAAAAUAGCGAGGAUGGACGCAUCGAAACGGUGGCCGGGCACAUGCGCUCCAACCGGCGAGAUGCAGCGAAAUUCGAGGGCACA